UAUCGCGACAGAUCUAUAUAUUGUUACAGGGCUGACGACAUUUUGGUGCUAUUAAGAGAACGCCCAGCCAAUCAGACUUCGUCCAUUUUCGCCUUGAAUGCUAUGACGUUUUCUUAUGCCCCUCAUCAGUAGCUUGUCAUUCAUCUUAUUACUAUGUAGCUUCACCCUUUCACCUGUCACGAUAUGCCUAUCUCUUCAACCGGGAUAUGCCAAACCUUCUAUGAUCUAUGCCCCCGGUGCGUUUCCACUUAAAGGGACCAGCCUUGACCUCGACCCGGACCUCCAUUGCUGCAAUCACCAUCCGAAGAAGCUCUCGACCCGCCCCACGACCUCCCUGGCGAGCGCCUUUCCUACAGACGCACAUAAGAAUACUCAAUAUGGCCUCACGAGGCUUCACCUCACAAGCCUCUACCUCUUCCGGGGACGGCCUGAAGCUUGUGAACCGCCUCAAUGAGAGCAGAAGUCCAUAUGUCCGUGGACAUAUGAACAACCCCGUCGCCUGGCAACAAUGGGGACCUGAAGCCCUCGAGCUCGCAAAGAAGUCUGACAGGCUCAUUUUCCUCAGUAUUGGAUAUGCCGCCUGCCACUGGUGCCAUGUCAUGGAACGCGAAUCCUUUGAGAACCAGGAAGUGGCCGACAUACUUAAUUCCUCCUUCAUCCCCAUCAAGGUCGACCGUGAAGAACGUCCCGAUAUCGACCGCAUAUACAUGAACUUCGUACAGGCCACUACGGGCUCCGGAGGAUGGCCCCUGAAUGUCUUCAUCACUCCGGAUUUGGAACCCAUCUUUGGCGGAACAUAUUGGCCUGGUCCUGGUUCUACAAUGGCUGCGGGAGAUCACGUUGGCUUUGUCGGCAUCUUGAAGAAACUCAGGGAUAUAUGGCAGAAUCAAAGGCAGAAAUGUCUUGAGUCCGCCAAGGAUGUGACCUCGCAGUUGCGCCAGUUUGCUGAAGAGGGAACUGUCAGUCGAGAGGGCGGCGCCGAGCCAGAUGGUCUGGAUCUGGAAUUACUGGAAGAAGCGUAUGAGCACUACGCCAAGAAGUUUGAUAAGACGUACGGCGGCUUCCCUAGGGGUGCGCCGAAAUUUCCCACCCCAGCCAAUUUGGUUUUCCUAUUGAAGCUCAGCCAGUACCCCAGCAUUGUGAAGGACGUCGUUGGAGAGGAGGAAACGGAAAACGCGAAGACCAUGGUUUUGGAGACACUACGGGCAAUGAAUAGGGGCGGCAUUCAUGACCACGUCGGUAAUGGGUUCGCGAGAUAUUCCGUGACAAGGGACUGGAGCUUACCGCACUUCGAAAAGAUGCUUUAUGACCAAGCGCAGCUUUUACCCGUCUAUCUCGAUGCGUACCUCAUUUCCAGAAACCCAGAAUUCUUGGAGACCGUACACGACAUCGCGACGUAUCUCACUACCCCACCGCUUCAGGCCCCUACUGGCGGCUUUUAUUCUGCGGAGGAUGCCGACUCACUGUACCGCCCCACUGAUAAAGAGAAGCGCGAAGGUGCAUUCUACGUAUGGACGUGGAACGAAUUCCAAACGAUCUUGGGAGACCGCGAUGCUCCGAUUCUUGCUCGUUACUACAAUGUCAAAGAUGGGGGCAAUGUGAGCCGGGAGCACGAUGCGCAUGACGAGCUGAUCAACCAAAAUGUGCUGGCUAUCAGCACUAAUCUUGCAACAUUGGCAAAGGAGUUUGCACUUCCGGUGGAGGAGGUCGAGAAGAUCAUCGCCGACGGACGGGCCAAGCUACUGGACCACAGAAAUAAGGAGCGACCCCGGCCGGCCUUGGAUGACAAGAUUGUGGUCUCUUGGAAUGGUCUUGCGAUUGGCGCAUUAGCACGAGCACACGCCGCGCUCUCCUACGAAAGCCCUGGAAGUACAGACCGAUACCUUGAAGCCGCCGAGAAGGCGGCGGCUUUCAUCAAGAAAGAGCUAUACGACGCAACCAAUCAAACCCUUCUCCGGGUAUACAGGGAAGGGCCUGGGGAAACUCCAGGAUUCGCAGACGACUACGCCUUCCUCAUCUCCGGCCUCAUCGACCUUUACGAGGCAACAUUCAACGACGCCUAUCUGCAGUGGGCAGAUGAUCUCCAAAAGACCCAGAUCCGGCUGUUCUGGGAUCAGACGAAGUUGGGGUUCUUUUCGACACCGGAAAACCAAUCCGAUCUCAUCAUGCGCCUGAAAGACGGUAUGGACAACGCCGAACCCGGCACGAAUGGUGUGUCCGCCCGAAACCUGGACCGACUAGGCGCCCUGCUCGAAGACGAGGAGUACACCAGGAAGGCUCGAGACACGGCGUCCGCAUUCGAAGCUGAGAUCAUGCAGCAUCCAUUUCUCUAUUCGUCCAUGAUGGAUGUGGUCGUCGCCGGCAAACUCGGGCUUCGCCACUCCGUCAUCACCGGCCAAGGCGAGCGAGUAGACCGAUGGCUCAAGGAAUAUCGGACCAAACCCGCGGGACUGAGUGUCGUCAGCCGGGUUGGAAAAGGGCUGGGUGCGUGGUUAAAGGGAAGGAAUCCGUUGGUGGAGAGUAUGGACAGCGAGAAGGAAGGUGUUAUGGUGUGCGAGCUGGGAGCUUGCAGGGACGACUUGGACUUUGGAGUGGGAAACCUUGACCUUUCAGGUUCCAAGUAGGUGAUGGGUCGAGGCGACUGCAUUUUACUGGAGAUAUGGCGCAUGUGGGGAUUCGGUGAGUUUUGACGAUUCUGUAUCACUAGGUGGAGUUUGGAGGUCAUUCAUUCUCCCGGGGACUUGGGAGCAGGAAACUGUACCCUGUGCUUUCUGAAUAAAGAAAUGUUCUACGUUAUCGUCAGGGAUAGGCUCUCAUGUCUUCACAAUUACUACAAGGUAUUGAUUGAAAGGAUUCAUAACGAGUGGUUCCUUAGCGCUAUUACUCCCUACAAUCCUACCGUCUCGGAGACAGAAAAGAG